UGGGUAGAAGACCUUUCGACUUUUAAUUCAACCAUGGAAGGGAGUGCAUGUGUAUAAAUACGUUGCAUGUGUAUUAUAGACUAUAUUCAGUGCAAUGAAUACAGAAGUGCGAUGUCCAUUUCCCUACGACCCUACAACUGAAAAAAUCGCGGUUUGUCCGUAUAACAAGUCGCAUAUUAUGUUGGCGCAUCGCUUAGGGCGUCACAUAUUCAAAUCACACAAAGAGUACCGGGGGUUAGAAUUCCCGGUACGACAUGAAACGACAAGGGAACAUCACCAGCAGCAGGAGCAACCCGGUGGAUCAAAAGAAACAAAGGAGCAGCAGGAGUACCCGGGUGGGUGGUCGACGGAGUGGGACGGCGAGGAGUGCACUUCGUAUUUAGAUUUCCUCCGGGAACGGGAAGAAGAACAACGCAAGGAACAGGAACAAUGGGAUGGUCGACUGAAUCGACAUAAAAAGAAGAAGAAACUCCUCGCCAGACCAAUUUUAUAA